AGUAACAUUUCAGUGCAAAGUAAACACAGUCCCUCUGUUGUGGAUAAAUAAGCGGACCUUUUGGUCACAGCAACAUGGUUCGGUGUUUCCUGAUCCACACCGUGUGCCCGGUCAGUGCUCUCGGUGCUGGGGACAGCCGGGUGCUUUACUCCCGGGUCUUCGGUCCAGAUGAAGGCAUGUUGUCGGACCAGGACCCGGAGCUGAGCCCGGAGGAGAGGCGGGUUCUGCAGAAGGAGAAGGUCCUUGUGGUGGCAAGGCAGGUGCGGAGCGCCGUCUCCCUGUCCCGGGAGGCUUCAGGUCGGCUGCUGGUGGAGACGGUGCCGGGCGAGGAGACGCUGGCUCUGCAGGAGGCCGAAAGCGGAGUGGUGCGUCUCAGAGCUGGAGACCCCUUCUCUGAAGAGAUGAGCGCUCUGUGGCUGGGAGUCCAGAGUGUGGGCUUCACGCUGGUUUGCGAGCGCCACGAGAACCUUUUGCUGGCUGAGGGGACCCUGCGCAACCUGACCCGACACUGCCUGGAGCACCUGCACAUGCUGGGGCAGGGCAGCGAGGUCCUGCUGAGGAGCCACCGCCUCGACGCCCUGCUCAGCCGCCUGCUUCCUCACGGCCAGCUCCUCUUCCUCAACCACCGAUUCGCACAGAGUCUGGAGAAGGAAGUAGCAGCUUACAUGGCCAAGUGAACCGGAGCAGCCCGGUGCACGUCGUCCAGUCAGUCACUGCUGCUUCCAAACACGCUGGCUGACUGUUUGUUUACCAUUGGUGACAUCUCUGCGGCGGUGGAAGAGGAAUGGACUUCUGGCAGCUGCUGUUUCAGAUUGCACGAGGUGGUAAACACAUAAGAGUGGUAAAUAUCUCCCUCAGCCACUCGCAGCUCACUGUUGACUGUUUACUGUGUGGGAGGCUUCAGUUCAAAUCCUGUUUGUCAAAUUGAAGAGUGGAAAGGAAAAUGUGGCAGAUUAAAGAGUGCAGCUGAAGAGGCCAGUUAAAACCUACUCGUCAACAUCAAAGACUGCUAUUUAUCUGAUUCACCAUGCUUGAAAUGUCAUAGUGCGACCUUGGGGAACCAGACUUGACCUGUUUUUUUUAAAAACUGGGUUUAUAGAUGAAUCUCAAAGUGCUUUAUUGCCUCACUGUGACUUCUAAUGCACCUUUGGUCUCUGAAGGGGAGGAAGAGAGCAGAUUUAUUUUGCGCAGUAUGAUUCAUCUCAUUGUAACAAACCGCAGAAAUUGAGCAAAGAAAGUUCAAAGUCAGACCUGUUUAAUGUCAUUUUGAACCAAAAAUGUCAUCAUUCUUGAGACAUCGAGGGAAAUGACAAAGACAGGAAGUGACAAGAAAUGUUAGAAAACCAAAAUGAGAGACAUGCAGUAAUGUUGGCAUGCAAAUUAGAGAAUAAAACAGGAAAUGAUGAUCUACAACGGAAACAUUCAGACACAACAAUAACAAAUGUAUUCCUGUACCUUGUGAACAUCUGUUGUACCUCCGACUGCGGCCCCCUGUGAUGCCAGACUCUCCUGCUCCGCCUCCCGGCCUCAUAAAAGCCUCCCCAGUUUUUGUGCUGCGAAUCUGUCUGGAUGCCAACAUCACUCGCUUUGAUGUUCUCCUUUUUUUUCUAUAUUAAAAAAUAAAAAACUCAUUUUUAGCAUUACCCAAGGCAUAUUCUUUGAAACUUGUGUACUCUACAAUCAAGGACACACGGCGCGUUUUUCCAAAAACGAGGCAACGGGGACAGCACAUUAAAAAUGAUAGAACACACAAGAGAAGGAUUUAGAGGUUGUGUACGUCUGGGGAAUAAAAAAAACACAAACUCAACAUCAGCUCGAUAAAAACACCUGCAAACUGAAAAACAACUGAAUCAGAUAACCAGUAAGUUCUGCUGCUGGGCCAGCAGAGGGCGACAUUGAUACUGUCAGUUUCAAUGUGCAAUGAAGGACAUUGUGCCCGAAACCAAUUUACUAAGUUAUAUAUAGUAUGAAAUAGUGUUUCCAGUACUUUUUUCAAAGGCCUUCAGAUAUACUUUUCUAAAAGAUGAACUUGGAUUUAUUCUACACAGUGAUGCCAAGACUAUGUGGACACACAGGCUUUUACUUUUCUAAAAUGUUUUCUCUGGCUGUUUUUCAUGGUUUAGAAAAUGUCCUUUAGUUCCAAUGAAGACAAAUCUUCUUGUUUUAUUUGAAUAUACCAAGGCAACAUAAAAAAUAAUGUAAUAAUGCAGUAUUUACAGACAUUAUGUGCUUGUCUUUUUACUUUAAAUUGAGAAAUAAUAAAUAAUACACAAUCAAAUGCCGGUAUGUUAAAGUAAAUAUAUUGAAUUAAAGGAGUUGUUAGUAUUUUGGGGAUAUAAGAGGUACUUAUCUAUCAGCAGUGUAUUACCUUCAAUGGAUGGUGGUCAGCAGAAUAUUAUUACUGCUUUACCUUGUCAACAGCCCUGAUUAAGUUUACAUGGUGGAUACUGAAGCCAUUACCUUUGCUCUUUUCAAAGCCUCCAGACUCCUUUGACAAAAACUCAUUUUAGCAACAUUUUAGCUCGCAGAACACAGACGUUGCUGGUCUACUGAUGCCUCGAUCAGUUAGUUUGUUUGUGUUAGUGUGUGACUUUGGUGUUUUAAACUGUUAGUUUGGAUUCACAAAAAUCACAAAAUAACAGAAUCAAUCUAACUGAUUGAGGCCGCCGUAGAAGAGCAGAACAGAAUGUGGUCCUCAAGGUAAAAUGACAUGUUUUUGUGAAUGGAGUCUGGUGGCUUUGACCAGAGCAUCAAUAACGGCUAACUGGGGGCAUGCAGAUCGCUCUACUACUGUAGGUAACUGACUAUGAUAAGUACCUCACUUCAAUAAAUCCAAGCUGUUCUAUUAAGUGAAUAUACAGGUAUGAAAAUAAAAGUGCACAACAGAAAAGUGUCACUAGAUACUCAAUUUACAUAAAACAUAAAUAUGUGCAACAGCCAGCUUAACAAGCCAGCUUUCCCAAAUGUUCCGAUAUUUGCCCUGUUGCAGUCUAAAAUACAUCAUAAAUAAUAUCAUUUCAAAUAUCCAAGAUAUAAUCCAGAAUAUUGUUCAUGAUAUUUCUGGUUUCAGCCUGUCACCUGUGUUAAACUGUGUAAUGCUGGCUGGAGCAUUAUGACAAAUUGUGCAAUUUUCUGGGUUUGCAUCCGUGCAAAGUAGUUGUUUCCCCAACAUUUUUCCCACUUAAAGACACCACUGGUAAUGGCCUUUCUGCCAGCAGCACUUCCAAUCUGUAAUGAGCAUCUUGACUCCAGAGGUAACACUUUCUGAAGGCAGGUCACCCAAAUAGAGGGUUUCCAAAUUAAGUGGGAUAUCAGCUUCACUAACUAUCUACCUCAUGCAGUCAGCUCGGGUCUGCUGCUGAACUUUCACAGCUCACUUCUCACACUGCAAGAUAUAUCCAUUGCACCCCUUUCAUUAGGGCAGUGUGCUUAAGUUGGUAGUUCUCUGCUCACCUGCUGUGAUGUCGCUCACCUGAGAGUUAAUCUGUCACAUGCUCCUGCUGUUCAAACGGCAUUUCAUAAGCUCCAAAUACACCCGUAAACCCUGAGGAAAGUUAUUAUUAAAGUUAAUAUAGCAGCAGAUUAAUACACUCACAUAUUCAGGUAUCUGCAAACCAUACUUUAUUGUAAAAUGAUACAUUUAGUUCUUGUUUAUAAUUUGGUUCUUUCCAAAAAAUAACUUUUUUUUGACUGAGCAGGAUUUGGAUUGUAAAAAUCUGUACGUUUACCAUUUUCUCCAAGUCAUUUCACAUCCCUAAAACUUGAACACUUAAAGUCCCCCACCCCUGAAAGUGUUUCUCUUCUUAUUACUUCAGACGGAUGUUUGACCUUCACUGUGCAGAAUGAUGUAUGUGCACAGUUUGACACUUGAAGGCUGUUUCCGGUCUGGUAUUUUUCUUCUAGGUCACAUGUGCAUGGAUUUUAAGUUAAGUGGGAGCCAUAAAGUUAAACUUAUGUCAUGAAAAAUAUUUGCAUAGUUACAGAUUCUGUUUUUUUCCAAUAAGGGAGACAGUUAUAAUUGUUGACUGCUAUAUUAAUGUUGUAAAUGUCCUGUACAGUCCCUUUAAGAAUUUUGACCAGGUAGUUCAAUAAAUCAAUCAAACUUUUUCACGGACUGGGUCUAGAUAAUAGACAAAAUACAAGCCAUUACAUGAAAUAAUUAAAUAUAUAAUACUGAUGUAAUUUGACUUCUGUGGCAAAAAAACCCCCAUCUGGCACAAAUGACAUGUCUUGAUUUUUUGAAAGGUCGAAUUCAACUUAAAUAAUCUCCUUAAGGCAGAAAAAAACACAAUCAAGUCUUGUCAACUCCAAAAAGUGCUAUACAUUCCUGUAGUACUUAUUAAAGGCAUGCUAUGCAGGAAUGAUCACUUACUGUUUGUAAACACAACAUUCAAACUUGGCCUCUCCUCCUCAACUCAGUGAAGGUGAAACUUCAACGUCACUCCAGUUUUGGUAAAAGCUUUGUCCGCUUGGUGUUUCACCUCGAUAUUUAUUUCCGUUGAUGCGUUGUUUCUGCAGUUUUUGUAGCUUAGAGUAGCUUUUCAGAAACGUCACAAGCACAGCAGAAUGAAAAGAAACGAGAAAAUACAGUUAGAGGGCAGGGUCUCAGCAGCUACAAACCACAUCAACAUACAUCUAGUGGGUCAUAUAAGUGCUGAUUGAGAGAAAUUAUUUGUGUAUGAAUCUAUCUUUCUUUUUUUUAAAGUAAAUCCUGCGUAGUAUACCUUUAAUUCUUGAAACGUGACAUUUAGUUUUCCUUAAUUGGCUCCUUCAGCUCAGCACAUCCAGUUAUUUGGCUUCACUGACAUCACUGUAUUGAAGUUUCACAACAAACUGCAGUGUCAGGACUGACAAACCAGUACUUUUCCACUAGGGGGCAGUGUGUAGCCAGACAAACGAGCGCUGCAGUCUGAUAAUAAGAGACGAAUAGUGACACCAGAGCACAAAUCCAGCAGGCAACAAAAUCAGGAAUGCUGCGGCUGCUUCGGAACAAUUUAAAAUAAGCUGCUAGACAUCAAACAAACAGCGCCGAGAUUGUUUUCAUGUGUGUGAAACCAGUUUGUAAUUACAUCUAAUUAGUGAUGCACAGGCAUAGGAAGUUGAUCUUUGCCUGCAAACAGCUGUUUGAUAAAAUGCAUGAGUUAAUGUCAAGUGGAGAUUAAAAUGACAUAAUCUUGCU